AUGACACACAUUACAUCAGAAUCUACUCCCCUCCUCCCAGAGCCUGCCACUGAGCGCUCAAUCUCCUACCAAAGCUCCCAUCCCGCCUACGAUGCGCGGCCACUGCACCCCAACUACAGCAAGCAUGAAGAAUGUCAUGUUGACUACAGCGACAUCCUUCGCGACAUCAUCAUUGGCUUCUCAGACGGUCUCACAGUGCCUUUUGCCCUAACAGCAGGCCUGUCAAGUCUCGGCAGUGCAAAGGUCGUCAUCAUCGCUGGUCUUGCAGAGCUCUUCUCCGGCAUGAUCAGUAUGGGUCUAGGCGCCUACCUCGCCGCCGUCACAGAGCGCGACGCGUAUCAUUCACAAGCUGGUAAAAAGGAAUUCGCGGUUCAGAAUAGACCUGGUGACGAGCGCACGGGUGUUUACGAUGUUUUGGAAAAGUACAGCGUUUCACGAACUGCCGCUGCACCUUUAGUAGACGAGCUCUGCAAGAACCCCACAGAAUGGGUGCGCUUCAUGAUGGAUUUCGAACUCAAGCUUGAGGAGCCCAAUGUUCAUCGCGCGUGGAUCUCAGCGGUUACCAUGGGAUUGAGCUACUUCAUCGGCGGGCUGAUCCCCAUGAUUCCCUACUUCGUCAUGUCUCGCGUGCGCGAAGCAUUGUUCGUAUCGAUUGGUAUCACGGUCGCUGUGUUGUUGGUAUUUGGAUACGUCAAGAACUACGUCGCUAUUCGCAAUCAUCGUGCGGGCGUCUGGGGAGCGGUGCAGACAUUGAUUAUUGGCAUGUUGGCAGCUGGCACAAGCUAUGCGAUCGUGCGGGGUCUGGAUUCGAACGAUUCUUGA